CUGUAUAUAUCCAGGCCCAGAUUUGGACAUCCUGCUGCCUGAAUCUGGUCAGUAGUAGCUGCCCUUUCUCAUACCAGCAACUUAGCACUUGGAGGAGAGUCAUGCUGCUCACUGUGACUCCACAGUGCCCCCAGUGACAAGUGUGGUGUGAUUAAGGUCACCAGGCUAUUUGGGGGGGGGGGUUGGGCAACGUACAGGUGCAGUGGUAUAGGACAGUCUUCCUCAGAGUGCUUGGUUGCUGAUAAGAGGAGGAGAGCACUCAAUCCUUUGGCCUCUGGGUCUCGAUCCUUACUGACUUUCAAGGAAGAAUAUUGUUCUGAGAUGCCACACCUGUAUGGUAAUAAGCUCCAGCGACCAGCAGGGGCACAAACUAAUGAUGCCAUCAGCCCACGCAGCCACCAGAAGCCUCCAGGUCAGAAGAGGUGGACAUUCAUACUCUUUGGCGUGGUCCUCUUAGCAAGAGAACUCGUGUUAGGAGCUCUGGAAGAGACAUGCAACUGCAGCGCAGAAGUUGAUUUCCAGGAACUGCAGACCAAAUUGGCUCCUGAGAUGUGUUGCUUAAAUCUCACCAGGACUAAAAUCAACUCCUUGGACUGGAGCAUCUUCGCCAGAACUGUGGGUUUGAGGGAGCUCUACCUAUCAAACUGUGGCAUAUCAGACAUUAUCAAUGCAGAGAAUGGCUCUUCUACGUUGGAGAUUCUACACUUAGACAAUAACCAGCUAAGUUGGCUCCCAGAUGGUUUCCUAAGAAAUGCACCCAGCUUGCGCCUCAUUCAUUUGGAGAGCAACCAACUCCAGAAGCUGCCCGAGUCAUUCCUGAAAGAAUCCAACCAAAUCCAGGAGAUCCACCUUGCCUUCAAUAACUUGUCUUCCCUUCCUUCAGGGAUUUUCAAACCCUCCCUCCACACGCUAGGUCUCUCCAACAACAGCUGGCACUGUACUUGCAACUUGCUUGAAGAUCUGGAAAAAUGCCUACCUGCACCAUUUAACGCUGAAGUGACUUGUAGCACCCCAGAGCGUUACCAUGGCAUGAAUCUCGGAGACAUCCCUAAGCAGGAGGUGUGCCGCAACCACAGCCUAACGGCUCUCUUUGUUUGCCUGCCUGUGGUGGCUAUUCUGGUUUUGGUCACCUGGUGCUUUUGCAGGCGGCAGAAGAAAACCAGCUACCACCCUCACGCUGGGAAGGAAUGCCGGCUGGCUACAGUGGAGAGAAACGGUGCCAAAGAGCCUGGGGACCAUCACUGCUACAUCCCAUGUGAGCUGCCUAUGGCAUCGGCUGCAGAGAGCGAGAAGAACAUCUUGUUGAGGAACCAGGUCUUGCUUAAGCCUUCAGCUGCACUACUAGGGAGCAGCAGGGACCUCUAUGAAGAGGUGGAGAUCAAACUGGGGGCUUCUGAUGAUUCGUUGGUGAAGGCCAAUGGGGAAAGCCUUGAGCAAGAUAAGUCGGGAUCCAAAAAACUGACCGUUGCGGAGGAGGGUUACACAGGUGGGGAGUCUGAAGCUGAGACAGUGAGUGUGACAGACGUUCUGAAGGAUUCUGCAGACCGUGAAAAGCUCUAUAUGAACCAGUCAGUAGAUUAUUACAACCUGGUUCCCGGCAUUGAACUGGAGGACUCGGACCACAUGGAAUAUGAGAAUGUUGACCUUUGCUGAGGCUGCUUGUUGAUCCAUAGUGUGAUAAGAACACAAAGUAGGCUAAUUCUUAUCCAGUUUAUGAAAGGGGCAGCAGGACCACCAGCUCCCAACAUUAUGCAAAUUUCACAAAUAAUGAGAGUUUUCUUGUAAAUGA